UUUUCUUUUCUUUUCCUUUCCUUUCCCAGCUCUCCAAUAUUUUCAAUAUCAAGCUUCUUUUGUUUACUUCUCUUCUUCCCUCCAAACCCUUUCACAUCUCCUUUCUCUUUCUCUCUCUUCAAAUUCUGUCUCAAAAAUCACACACAAAUUAUAAAACUGAGGAAAUGAUUCUCAACUAACAUGGCUUUAUAGUGAUUGAAGAUGACCAUGGAACGAGGCCAGCCAAAUAGUUCAUCAGACUCACCGACGAGAUCAGACUCAUCUUCCGCCGCGAAAUCGCCGACGGCGCUGUCGAUCGAGUGCCUGAAAGGAAGCUCAAAGGCCGACGAGUGGACCGACGACAUGCUCCAGACCGGCGACAUAGUGGAGGAGCUCCGGAUCGGGACCUCGAUCACCGUCAAAUCGCCCUUCAAGAAUGGCCGGAGCGGCGUCCAGAAGAUCCUCCACGGCUCGUUUAGGGCAAAGGACACCUCGAUCCUCGUCCGAGUCCGCCGCGGCCGCGACGAGUUCGCCGAGCUCCAGGCCUGCAUCGUCCCCAACGAAUCCGCCGGCAGGAAGCAGUACAUGCUCCGCUCCAUCGACGAUCCGAACUACGCCGUCGGGUUCCUGGAUCGGACCGAGUCCGAUUGCUUCGAUCUCCAAGCUUCAAGGGGUGCGAGGAUGGUUAAUGCGUUGACAAGGACUCGGCUACAAGAUGGAUAUGUCGCAUAUCCAUGGGAGAGGAGGAUGCAUGAGUUGCUAGCGGUUCCAAAUUUUAGCUCAUUUUUUUCUUUACUCCUUCUUCCAAAGGCUUCAGAUCGAGCUGCUUCUCGUUACAACGACCUCGAGGAUAGUCUUGCCAGGGCAAAUGCGUGGCUUAAUGCGUCUCAGGCCUCCGGAGUUCCCAUCGUUUUUAUGAAUAUACAGACUGAAUCCUUGCUUACCAAGAUUUCAGGAGAGACAGCUUCUUCCACUGUGAACGCCGGAUCAUUGUCUGAUCUAGCAAACCUUGCAAAUGCAAGUUUGUACGGAUUUGAGGACUACCAUGGGGUUGAUAUUGGCGUUGUUCGAGCAGUUCGGCUGUGGUAUGCACCUCUGGGAGAAGAAAUUGCUAUUGAAAUAAAGAUACAAGAAGGCGACACGAAACUUGGAUUUGCCAUCAGUCGUACUGAAGAGGGAUUUAUUUACGUGUCAUCAGUUAUUGAUGGCAACGAGGACGUGCCUUCAAGCCGAUCAGGACUCAACAAUCUUUACAAACUAGGGAUGAACACAUCUAGGCUCCUGGUUGUGUCAAGAGUGUCAAACCAGAAGGUCCUGCCAUGGAUGGUGUCUUCAACAGGAGCGGUUAGGUGCUUUGACACCGUUUCACUGAGCCAGAAGCUUUCCUUGCACCGGCACGCCAAGGUACCAAUCAUCAUUCACGUCUUUUUGUGGGACAGGGCAUUGGUCUCACCAAGAGUAAGCCAGGCCAGGGUAAGGGCUGCUUCCCAACCUGUGCUGCCAUUACCACCCGAAGUUCAGUUAUCGCGGCACCCGAAUGAGAACCAAGUACUGCCUCUGCCUAUUGAAGAAUCUCAUGAUAGCGGUGAAGAUGUCGGUAAUAGUCGAGAGCCAAGGCUUGUUCGAGAUACGGCUGGGGAGCUCUCCUUUAGAUUCCAUGAUUUUGCACUGUCUAGCAACUGGGUGUAAUAUAUAUAUAAAUAU